AUGAGAUUCUUGAAGAUAUCGGGAACGAAUAAUAACGCAGAAUCCCGGUGGCACAAGAACCGUAUGGCAGUAUCUACUCGUGGGGUAACCAAGUGCCGUUUGGUACGACAAUGCGCCUCCUCCCGCGGCUCCAAUGCCCCGCUGAAAAUAGUACGACCAGGCAAAACGGGCCCGAAUAACCCGAAGGAAGUAUGA